ACGAUCUCUCGUGGCUCUCAUGGUGCUGGAUAUGAAAGCCGAUGCCAAAGACGGCAAUGAUGACGCUGACAGCAACUUGGAUGUACACCAAGACGUCGUGACGCAGUCCGACGAGGACGCAGCGAUUGCAGCAAAACAAUUCACCAUGGCAGGCGUGGUUAGUACCAAACAGCGACGUCUCGUGGAUGACACAGUGGACGCGGUCGAGUUGCCGUCGUACGGUAGCAACACCCCAAAGGAGCAGCUUUGUCUCGAGUACAUUGCCGGUUUCCAGCGGCAAUUCGAACGCAUGUUCCCAACGCGACGACCGCUGUAUCUACAUCCUCCGAACGAGAAAGGGGUGCCAAAGUUCGUUUGCACGACGAUCCGACCGACGUUACUACCGUAUCGUGAUCUGUAUGACUGUCAUACUUUAUCUCGCUUUUUGGCGAGGGUUGUCGAGUACGAACCCUUAGCAAACCCGACGAUCCCACCAGUGUGUCUACCGUCACCGUCAUUCACGCUCAAGUGGAAGGCAGGAGACAGCUUUGACUUGGCUACGCUUCUGGUAUCGUUCUUGAUUGGUGCAGGAUAUGACGCUUAUGUCGUGAACGGUACUGCACCCAAGUGGCUGUGUCUUCUGGAUCAAAGCAAAGCGCCAUUGCCAGUUUUACCAGUCGAGGAGGAGCUGAUCAAGGCCCACGAACGCGAACUGGCCGCCGAUUCUUCUAAGGCGGUAACAGAUACUAAAACCAACGGUGACGUGAAACUGGUGAGCCGCACCACCUUCACGAGUAAAUACCUUGAAAAGCAGGAGCUGGAAGAGAAAGAACGACAGGAGAAGACACGUCGAGUCUUGGAUUUUGGCUAUAACGACAAUGAAGACGACGAAGAUCCGCUAGAGGGGAAGCGUGCACAUGCGUGGGUCCUCAUUCGAGCAGGUAAACGGGAAGUAUCGUAUCACUUUUACCUCGAACCGUCGACUGGACGGAGCUACUCGCUGAUAGAUUCUCCCUACAUGUGCAUCGAGAGCGUUUGGAAUCAUGAAAACUACUGGGUCAACAUGCAACAGCAACCUGUGCAUCUUACGCUGUUCGAUUUGUCCAAUCCAACCGACUGGGAGUACGUUUUCCUGUCUGCUGCAGAGCGGAAAUCAGCGAAAGAGGCUGAUCAAGGUGCAAAGGGGGGUGGCGAUCUAUCCAACGAUCUAAAGAUGUUGAGUACCGAAGGUGACGAUCAUCAUGGACAGGACGCUGCUGACGACGAUUUAAUUCUCGAUAUCCCUCCGUCGUGGGUGACCAAGCUUCACAUUGACCGUGCAACCUACAAGAAACGGUUCGUCAAGGACUGCCAGCAUGUGACGCUCUACCAUCGAGCUAAAGUCGAAGAAUUUGCCGAGAACACGCACGAGCAGGGCUUGAUUGCACGAGUUACGCUUUUCCGUGAUGUUGGGUGUACAUUGCCCGUCGAGAUUCGUGAAUACUUUAAAAACAGGAAGGACAGACUCGAGUCUCGACUCCGUUUUCCAUUCGAAGGCAAAUUCGAAGAGCGCUUCACUCCAGGGAGAAUCCCUGAGGCUCUGAAAUCGCGCACGGAGUGGAUCGGGUACCGUCGUGAGUUUCAAUUCUACACAAGUGCUCGGCCUGACGGUCUGGUAACACGUGAAGAGGAGAUUCAGGAUCGUGUUUUAGAGCGCUUCGACGGCCGUGACGAUUUCCUCGUCUUUCGAUCCGUGACACUCGCUACGGACAAGGACGAAGUGGAUGCGAAGAAUCCGUAUAUUUUACCUGGUGGCCCUGGUGGUGAAACUGCCAUUAAGAAGAUGAAGGAGAAAUUUGCGCGAAACCCUGCGCUUGCGGCUGAUGACGAUCAGCGCAAGCGGGCGUACAAUGUUCACGAAGGCUCUAUCCGAGUCUACUUCCACUAUGCAACAGGUAAGAUUACAGCGGGGUCACGUGUGUAUUUCAAGACCCCCAACAUCCCAGUGGAAGUCGUGAUGGCGGAUCCAAACGCGAAAAAGCCAAAGCUUUCGGUGCUUGAAAACGAGCUCAAAGCGUCUCUACAGAUGGAGAAAGAUUGUUACAGCGCAGUUCGCCACUCUGAUAUCGAGACACAAGAUAUUCUAAAAAUCCGAAAGCGAGAGGAAAUGGCAAUUGCAUUGGAAACGAGUUUCUUCGACGGUAAUGACGACGAGACACAAGCCAAAGACAAAGAAGACACCAAGGAGCUGGACAAAAACGCAAAGAACGAGGUGGACUAUCUCAGUCCGUUCCUGCAAAGUGUCCAUUCAACAGGAGGAAAUCUAUCCAAAGAAGACGCCCAAACUGUGCGGGAUCUGUGUCUGCGGAACCUGAAAGAGCGUCUACUGGAGCGUGCCAACAUUAUCCAAGGACGGCUGGACAAGGAGAAUGCGCUAUUGGCCAAGCGCCAAGCUGCAUUCCAGCGUAGCCAACGAGAACACGACCAGGGAACGGACGACGAGUUCGAGCGCUUCUGCAGCGAGACCAUGUUCCGCAUCCAGAUACUGGAGCAGCGACUAGCUAGUCAUGAGGAGACGGCUCUGCACAAAUACGCCGAGAUGGACAAGCGUCUGCACAGCGAUCUGCGUCUGCGUGUGCUGCAUCGAUAG